UUCUCACUGUGCUGCGGCAUUUAUGUUUCUUUCGCACGGAAGAUCGAUACCAUGCCACCUCCUUCACGGGUGUCCUAUAUAGAUUCAACAGGUGGAAGCAAUUACAAGGUACUUCAAUCGUUAAUGCCGCGACUCCACCGGCACAUAUUAAAAAAGAUCCCUCUGGAAUUGAAAACCGCGUAUAAUCGGACGAAUAAUUACAUUGUAAUCAGGUGCCAGAGAUGAAGUCGACACGGAACAAGCGAAGCUGAUCCUUACUUAAGUACCUAUAGUCUAACGACAGUUCUUUCAUAUCUAGAUUUUGAAGAUUCUCAACAGUUAGGUGCAGUGACUUUCAUCGCUCGAUAGUAGCUUUUCUUUGCCAUCAUCUGCACCUCCAUCUUCCAGCGACCAAAGCAAGAGUAAGCAAUUCUAAAGCUAGUCACACACUAGUGCCGAUUUACAUUACUUCUACGUUCCUCCUUGAGAAACGAAAACGAAUACCCGCAAACGAAAUCCUGAGGUGCUCAACUUUACUGUGGGCAGAAGACGUACACUCACACGGUUAAUCCCUAGUAUAGCGAACGAAGGAAGGUGGAAUCUGUCUAGCGAACUUUGAUGAAUCAAUAGUUUUAUAGCGAGAAUAAGCUCUCAUAUAUUUGAUUGUGGCUGCCGCCAAGGUGGAAACAAGUUUUUCUGAAACCAAAACCCGGAUCGGCCAUGCCCGAGGCGCAGAAGGCGGCGGCCUCCAACAAGACUGGGACGGGCCUAUCCGACGUGGAGAUGACGGACGCGACGAAAGAUGACCAGGUUCCGGACGAAAACGUGGAAGUAAUCAAGAAGAUGGGAGCCACCAUCCUUGCCAUACAGCAGGCCGUCGCCAGUGUGGAUCUCCGUGCGUUGUCGAAGCUCCAGCUCGCGGUGCUAAAGAGAACCCUGACCGUAUGUCAAUGAAAUGCGACCCGCCGCGUGUCGAAUGCACGAGACAGCUUUCUUGUUUUGUAAAUAACUUGCUGAGCAGCAGAGGAAGCAUUUCUUGUAUGUGGCAGGAGCCUGCGAACCGCUUUUGCUCUUCUGGAGUAGAACGUCGACACGCAGAGCAACCUUUCCGUGGCAAGUGCCGCUUCCAUGUCUACGAUACUUACAUCCAGCGUAAUCGAUAGACAACUUGCAUUUGUAUUUGUGCUGAAGUAUGUACUUAACUUAAAAAACUCGGAAGGAUCAUGGAGAGGUUUCAAAAAUCAAAAAAGCUUGCACCAUCUUCUUCCCAAGCUGUACAUAUAGCUGUGUGUCACUCUCGCGGCGGGAGAACUGUUUUUCAUUUUGACAGACCGGGCCCGUGUUGCGACGGUGUGUGGAAGUGCUUCUUUCCGACAAGGACGAGCGGAAGGAGAUGCUGCUUACCCUGCUGGCCAAGGAAGGGGCGGCGAGUAAGCAACCGCUGGCCGAGGAGUAUCCUGUGUAAAAACGUCCCCACCCCAUAGUCAAGAUGGGGAUUUUGCAACACAAACCUAUGAGUUUUGGGAGUCGCGCAUGACAAGUUGCACUCCGUAGUGUAGUGCAGGUUAGCAAGUGCAGCCGCAUCACAGAUCCAUCUGCUCAUCCUGUUCUCAGCAUCACAAAUUGCAAAACACGAUUGGAAAUGUCUACCAUGGGUAUGCGCAUCACAAAUGUCUUUGUCAUUGCAAAUCUGCAUGACAACUCUGGAGUUGGCAAGUUGGCACAAGUUGGCACAGUAUGGUUGUUGGCGCAGUAUGGUUGGUUGGCGAGAUCAGAGUUGGGAUAUAGUGGCCGGGAGAUGAUGGUGAUGGCACUUCGGUGUCCGCCUGACCCACCCGCCCUGCGUGCCAAGCCAUCUGCGGCCAUGGUACAAUGGGGGGGCAAAGUGUGUCGCAUUUUGUUUAGCAUGACAACUCUGGAGUGGGGACGUUUUUCUUCAGGAUAAGGAGCUGGAACAGGCCUUGAAAGAGGCUGCGGGGGUGAGCGGUAACAACUUCGACCCAGCAGCGGGGGAAUCAGGACUACAGGUGUCGUAUCAAAAGUAAAAAUGUCUGGGUCUGGAAACUUGUGAUGCUGGGUGGCGUCUCAUGAUGACGCUACAAAUGCUGGCUCAGCAUGACAAGUUUCUGAGCUCCUAGGUGUUGCCUAUUCUGCAUGACAAACUGCGCUUCUGCAUUACAGAAAAACGGAGCUCUUGGGUAACAUGCAUGACAGAUUUAAGAGUCAUGCCAGACAAGCAUGACAAACAUGAAUUCUUCCAGACCCAGACAUUUUUACAGUUGAUAUGUCGAGCAAUAAAACCGCCGCCAGCUCGAGCGCAACCAGCAGCGGAAGCAGCAGUAAGCCGCAGCCGAUCGAGGUGGGAUUCUUUUUUUCCAUUCUGGUCGUGGACUUUUUGCUGAAAGGGUCUGACAAGCCCUCAGUGGAAACCUUUGUGGCGCAGCUAGUCGCGCAACUCUCGCGGCUCAACCGGCGGACGUUGGACUUUUUCGCGAGCAAGAUCUACGGCUACUUCGCACGGGUGUACAACGACAGCGAAGUGAUACGGAACGACCUGCUCGCGAUAUACCGAACUUCGGUGCUCAGGCGGGACGCUGGGACGCAGGUUCUUGCACGUUGGCUGACAUGUUGAUAGAUGAAUAGGGAGUUCCUUAGGCUGACAUGUUGAUACAUCGACUUCCUGCAGCUGGCCGCCCGGAAUGCGAUUUACCACUCUGUACCUAAGCAAAAUAGGCGUGGUGGUGCAUAAAGAAAUGCUCUUUCCGCGUCCGCAUCGCUGUGCCUUCAUCUGAUUUACGUUGGGCCUUGGCAGAACAGCUGUUUUGCAAUUUGGCAUGAUGAAAACGAAUCGGAAUGAUUUAUACGAAAUUAACACACAGGCGACGACGUUGAAUCUAGUGCUGAGGAACUACGUGAAGUACAAUCUGUUCGACCAGGCAACACAGUUUGUGUCCAAGACAACCUUUCCAGAAAACAGGACCAACGCGGAGUUCGCGAGGUACAGGUUUUUUGCUGAAAAAUAAAGACUAGUCUUCUGCUACAAGACGCAGCCGAGCUGCAGCGCACUGUCUCUAAUAUACGCUUGUGUAGUGGGAGGAGGUUUUUCUUCAUUGGCAUGACAGAACCAGGAGUGAGGAUUUUGUAUAUGAUUGUUCGGCAUCAGGACGGUGCUUAGAAUAAACGGCCAACUUUCGGGUGCGUCAAAAUUCCAGGUAUCUCUUCUACAUCGGGCGGAUGAAAAGUAUCCAGUUGCAGUAUUCUGAUGCCCACAGCAAGCUUAUGCAGGUACUUAAUGCGGUUUUUCAGUACUGCGUUUUUCAUUCUCCACGAAGGUGGAGAUCCAGAGCGUCCUGUUCAAUAUGCAAACCUUACAUACUGUGUCGCCGCAGAAGGAGCCCGAAAAUUAAUUGCGCGAGCGAGGGUAGAUGAGCCACGACACCUUCGACUCUUCCUAACCCCGAGAAACAAACAAAACCAAACCCAAACUACUUGUACAGGCAAUCCGCAAGGCUCCUCAGUCCUCGGAGAAAGCGGUGGCUUUCAAACUGCUCGCAUGGAAGUUCGCGCUGGUCGUGGAGCUGCUGAUGGGGGAGAUCCCGGCGCGAAAACACUUCCUGCAGCCCGAAUUCAAGGAGUUUUUGCUUCCCUACGAAGAGGUGACCAAGGCUGUGCGGCUAUCCUAAAUGAAAACAUCCCCAACUACGACUCGAAGUUGUCAUGCGAAUUUGCGUCUACAGAAACAUUUGUACUCCGCAGCUUCCCCAACAUUGGAGGCUUAGUCCGGUUUCGGCAUUCGUCACGUUGUAAGCAAGUUGUCAUGCGUGUUGCAAACUCGCAAAGAAAACCUGGGCGGAUAUUUGUUCUUGCAGAGUUCCAGACUUGAUGAGAUCGUUGGUGGGGAUCUUUUCCCUUGGGAUAGUUGGGCGGGUCCGUACCGCAAUUCGAAUCCGUGGUGACGCGACACCAGGCGCUGUUUAAGGAAGACGGGACGCUGACGCUUGUGAUGCGGCUACGCUACAACGUGAUUAAGACGGGUUUAAGAAAGAUCAAUGUGUCGUACUCCAAAAUAUCACUGGCGGAUGUGGCUGAAAAACUCGGGCUGGAAAGCGUCGAGGACGCAACAGGAAUAUGUGGGAAGGUAUAGACGACUGGCAUUUUAUGGUUUGCAAAAUACGAGCAGGAGUGGCACAGCGCUACUUGUUUCAGCUACAUCGGCCGAUCUUGUUUCUGGUGAAUAAAAGUAAUGACAUGCUUGUCAGCAUGAACAAUUAGAAUUAUGAUUAUCGAGAAGUCUAAAUCUGCUGAGUAGUUCCAGGGGUCUACUUUCGCUAGACAAAAUAAUAAAUCCUUGCAGGCCAUCGCGGACGGUGUGAUAAAUGCGACCAUAGAUUUUGAGAAAAACGCGCUGCUCUCGAAGAACCUGCACGAUGUCUACGGGACGACGGAACCGCAGGCGCAGUUGCACAAGCGGAUCGCGUUCUGCCUGCAGCUCUACAACGACUGCGUGCGGAGUAUGGAGUACCCCUCGAAAAAGGACGCAACUAGCGCGGAGGAUUCGGACCCGACCAGGGAAUCCAGGGAACGGGAGGAAAUCCUCGCCGAGUCAGAUACCGACGACAUCGACAUGCUGUAAUCUAGUUUUUACGGAAAGUUUUGUUCAUCUCCGCAGGAGAUCAGCAGGGCACCGGCGUGUGUCGACAGCAUCGAUUUGAAGAUGCUACUUCUACACGCGGCGGCUUCUCUCAAGAACGACUUUUUCAAGAAUGAUGUUCUCUUGACGACAAUAAACUACUCGAGCAGGUGGAAUUUAGAAAUCAGUAUUUAGAGCUUCUUUGCUGGACGACAAUCAAAAAGAAAAGUAUGAAACCCGAACAGUGACGGACGUUUCAUUCCCUAGUAUCGCUGAAAGCGACGAAGAGGUAAGAUAUGCGCUAAAUGUUCCAGUCUUCCGGCAUAAUUUGGUCUUUAAAUGCCUUUUUCUCGGCGUUUUUCGAGGAUCUGACGUCGUGAUAAUGCAAGGUCG